UUCUCACCUCACGGUCCACGGUCCACGGUCCCUCUUCGCCCUUCCCUCUUCCCUCUUCCAAAAAUUCUCAACUAGUCCCAUCACAUCCCUUCCGUCACUCUUUUCUCCUCCAUUUUCUUUUCGCAUCCCCCUCCCCCGAAAACUCAUUUCUCUGACCACAUCUUACGCCCACACACCACCCAAUUCUGUACCACACCCCGUCUUGCUGGUCACCCUGUGCCCUGCCCUCGCCCUCGCCUACACACCCGCCCACACUACGCUACACCACACCGUUCAUCCCUUGCCCGGCUGUUGCCCUCUGCUGGUGCCCUCUGCCGACCCCAGGUCCGCCGCCUUACUCCCUGUGCAUGCGUCACGUCUCAGGCCCUCGGGACUAGUGGGUGAUUCACCCCACGAUAAGCGACAAUCUUGGGGAACUGCCUUCCCUCGCCCGAAUGCAACGCUCUUCGUCUGCAGUAGACUUUACUGCCAUUCUCAAUCCUUCUCCUCCUUCUUCCCUUCCUAACACCACCCUUCCACCAACAUCAGACGACCUCAACGCUCCCCAUCCCUCGUCGAUCACAUCGACUACCACCGACACCGACACCGACCCAGACAUGGCCACCGCUGUCGGCAUCAUGCCUCAGACAUUGGCCAACAACCCUUCUGCCACCAACGAGGAACGGCAAGAUCUGCCUCGUCCCUACAAAUGUCCCCUUUGCGACCGGGCCUUCCAUCGCCUCGAGCAUCAGACUCGACAUAUCCGCACUCAUACUGGCGAAAAGCCUCAUGCCUGCCAGUUCCCUGGCUGCAGUAAGCGCUUCAGUCGCUCAGACGAGUUGACCCGGCAUUCCCGCAUCCACAAUAAUCCCAACUCGCGCCGGAACCAAAAGACUCACCAGGUUGCUGCCGCUGCCGCUCUCGCUGGCCUUCAGGACGGAUCCAACCCCAAUUUCGCCAGCCAAGCCCAGAUGAUGCCGCCGCCUAACAAGGGCAUGCCUCGAUCGGCUCCCACCUCCGCUGCCGCCUCUCCCAAUGUCUCGCCGCCACACUCAUUUGCCGUCCAUGCCAGCCAUAGUCCCCAUGGACCGACCCCGCUGGGUCCCUUUGCACGUAUUGAUGACCGAGGCAACUCGAUGGACAUCAAUCUACUGGCCACAGCCGCUUCACAGGUCGAGAGAGACGAACAUAUUACUCGCAUGCCUUAUCAACACCAGCAUCAUUUGUUCAGCCACCGAAACCACAAUAGUAAUGGUCGGUUGCCGUCUCUAUCUGCCUAUGCCAUCUCACAUUCGAUGUCGAGAUCUCAUAGUCAAGAGACCCACGAAGAUGACCAUCGAACCAAGAGGUCGAGGCCCAACUCUCCUCAUUCCACUGCCCCCUCGUCUCCCACAUUUUCGCAUGAGUCAAUAUCACCCACGCCAGACCACACUCCUCUCGCCACUCCGGGCCAUUCUCCACGCCUGAGGCCCCAUGGCAGUGAUCUCCAACUUCCCGGCUUGAGGCAUCUUUCUCUCGGCCAUGCUCCUCUGUUGGCUCCCAUGGAGCCUCAGGCCGACGGAUCAUAUACCCACAUUCCACCACCACAACACACCGGCCCAUCGAUUGCCGACAUUGUCACGGGCACCCAACGCAAACUUCCCGUCCCGCAACUGCCCAAAAUUGGAAUUCACGACAUGUUGAAUCCCCCCAGUGGGCUGAGCUCUGGCGAGUCAAGUAAAGCGGCCUCGAUCAAUGGAGACAUGUUACGGUGACGAAUGAUUGAAACGGGGAGGGGGGCCCGUGGAGGUGGGCUCACGAGAAACAGACACGCUGGUGCUGGUGCUGAUUCUGCUUUUACUUUUUGUUUCAACCUCUACUUCUGCUUCACUAUGUUGUUUCCCCACGUUUGUUGGCGUCAAGGAUGGUUUGUAUUUUGGGCUGGGGAUUGGGGAUUAGGGAAUGGGGAUUGGCAAGGGCUGGAGGUGCGGAUGGAAGGCUGGAAGCACAUCCCCCAGGUGCACGCUAUAGACAGGAUAACCAUGAAUAAGGACGCGCCGCACGAAUGCGCACGAAUAGAAGGAGUUCAUUUUUCUAGGUGCUGGAGACGAGCAUAUGGAACUACGCCGGGCGACAAGGACGCCUUAUCGAAGGAACAUCCAGCCAAUCCGAUGUUUACAUGUGGUAAUUUCCAAUAGUUUUUGAAAAUGCAAACAGUACUCUCAA